GCACAGUCACUGCGCCAAUCCGGCCACAAAAUACCUGCACGGGGUGCGCAGAAGGACAAACGUGCCAGGUAUUUUAUAAAUCAUGUCCUCUCAACAAAGACUGCCUGGCAAGGAAUGAGGAAUGUCAGUUUGUUCCAUGUGAACCCAUGAGUAUCUGCAUCGGAGAGAUUUUACAUAUAGAAAGCAGCGCAAGAGCAGCAGAUGAAGAAAGCAAUGUGUUGUCAAUCGAAACAUAUUAUGGAACAGGGUUUACGGACACAUAUAGAACUUCAUUAGCUAAUACUAUCAUCGCUACAGCAGUGGACACACGCAGCACUUCAGUAGCUGAUACUAUCAAACCUGUAGCAGUGGACAAUAUCAGUACUUCAGAAGGUAAUACAGUCAACCCUGUAGCAGUGGACACACUCAGUACUUCAGGAGCUAAUACAGUCAACCCGGCAGCAGUUGACCCAUUUAGUACUUUAAUACCUGUUACCAUCAACCCUACAGCAGCGGAAACACUCAGUACUUCAGUUGCUGACUCAAUCAACCCUGCAUCACCAGAAACUAUGAGUACAUCAUCAGCUGAGAGAACAAGUGAAGUUGCAGCAGACAUAAUCAGCUCGACCGUAGGUUGCUUUGAUUGUCCUGUGGGCCAGGCUUGUCAGACAGUGUAUCCCGAAGGAACAGUUCCGAUGGAAGAAUGUAUUCGCUUGCAACAGAUCCUGACAAACAUCGUAUGUCCUUCACCGCGGCCAGCUCCGAUAGAAAUGUGUGUCCCGAUAGCUUACACAAUUGUUAUGCCGGCUUCACACGGUAUUCCGAGCAAUGAACUGAUUCAAAGCUCAUUGUUCAACGAAAUUUGGAUUACAACUUCAGAAGAGUUCGUUACGAGUGAUACAUCUUUAUAUAAUAUUCCCAGUAAAGGACUAGAUAGCACACAUACAUAUAAUUUACCCAGUCAAGAAGUUGAUAGUUCACAUACAUAUAAUUUACCUAGUCAAGACGUUGAUAGUUCUUAUACAUAUAAUUUACCCAGUCAAGAAGUUGAUAGUUCACAUACAUAUAAUUUACCCAGUCAAGAAGUUGAUAGUUCUCAUACAUAUAAUUUACCCAGUCAAGAAGUUGAUAGUUCACAUACAUAUAAUUUACGCAGUCAAGAAGUUGAUAGUUCUCAUACAUAUAAUUUAUCCAGUCAAGAAGUUGAUAGUUCUCAUACAUAUAAUUUACCCAGUCAAGAAGUUGAUCGUUCUCAUACAUAUAAUUUACCCAGUCAAGAAGUUGAUAGUUCACAUACAUAUAAUUCAGAGAGCCAGACUUCAGUAGCAGGUCCUGCUAGUGCGCUUCCCAACGAUGCUUCACUGAUGGUAAAUAAUUUGGACAGCCAGACAGAGAACCUGUUAAGCACACUAUCUAAUUUACUUUCGAGCCAAGCAGUCUUGGACCGUUCAUUACAUGACCCUUUCCUUUCAAAUGGGUUGUUGUUUAACACACCACAUCUUAAUGACAUACCGUCCAGUGAUACAUCAUAUCAACCAUCCUUCCUCUCGUCUCCAUCUACAACACUAUCACUGCCAGCCUCUCAGACGCCGUCAAUUUCAGGAUGUCCGAGUUGUUUUGAUGGACAAGUCUGUGAAAAGUUCUACAUCCCGAGCCCAUAUUCCUAUGACGACUGUCUUAGCUUCCAAAAGUUGGACUCAAAUAUCAGAUGUCCUUUCUCAGACACGGAACAAUACCGAUGCAUUCAACAAUCCCUCUCACUCGUGUCAAAUAACAUUCAAACACCAUCCCAUGCAGAUACUGCGAUCACACCCGCUAAAACAAUGUCUUCUUUGCCAUCUAGCUCACAGUCAGGUCAAACCAUAGACGCACAAGUCGCGGUCACGACCACAGCAAAGCCUGACCCGUGCAAGGGAACGUGUCUGCCUGGACAACUGUGUGAAAAGUAUUACCCACCGUGUGUACCGCCCAGCGAGUCUUGCCUGCGAGCUCAGCUGUCCAACCCUGGCCUGAACUGUGGAUGGUCUCGGUGUAACCCUUUCUACGUUUGUGUACCAGGAGACUCUAUCGAAGUGACCACGUCCCAAGCACCCAAGGCUAUCGAGGUGACCACGUCCCGAGCACCCGAGGCUAUCGAAGUGACCUCGUCCCGAGCACCCGAGGCUAUCGAAGUGACCUCGUCCCGAGCACCCGAGGCUAUCGAAGUGACCACGUCCGGAGCACCCGAGGCUAUCGAAGUGACCUCGUCCCGAGCACUCGAGUCUAUCGAAGUGACCUCGUCCCGAGCACCCGAGGGUAGCGAGGUGACCACUUCGUCCCGAGCAACCAUGGCUAUCGAAGUUACCUCGCCCCGAGCACCCGAGGCUAUCGAAGUGACCUCGUCCCGAGCACCCGAGGCUAUCGAAGUGACCUCGUCCCGAGCACCCGAGGCUAUCGAAGUGACCACGUCCCAAACACCUGAGGCUAUCAAAGUGACUACGCCCCAAGCACCCGAGGCUAUCGUACUGACUACGUCCCGAGCACCUGAGGCUAUCGAAUUGACCACUUCCCGAGCACCCGAGGCUAUCGAAGUGACCUCGUCCCGAGUCCCGAGCAACCAUGGCUAUCGAAGUCACCUCGUCCCGAGCACCCGAGGCUAUCGAAGUGACCUCGUCCCGAGCACCCGAGGCUAUCGAAGUGACCUCGUCCCGAGCACCCGAGGCUAUCGAAGUGACCACGUCCCAAACACCUGAGGUUAUCAAAGUGACUACGCCCCAAGCACCCGAGGCUAUCGUACUGACUACGUCCCGGGCACCUGAGGCUAUCGAAUUGACCACUUCCCGAGCACCCGAGGCUAUCGAAGUGACCUCGUCCCGAGCACCCGAGGCUAUCGAAGUGACCACGUCCCGUACACCUGAUGCUAUCGAAGUGACCACGUCCCGAACACAAGAGGCUUUAGAAGUGACCCUGUCCCAAACACCCGAUGAAGUCCGGAAGUCGGAUAGGUCAACAAAUUCUUUACCGCAUAGCCAUUUCUCAAGUGAUUUAAGCGGUCAUUCUGAUCACGUGCUAGCAUUAGGCUCUGAAAAUAAUUUCGAAAUGGUAUCUAAAGAUUCAGUGGAGGAAGUCAGUUACUUAGCAACCCCUUUAAUGUCAUCACACCCUGAUAUCAACUCUUUGGAUACUUUCUCGUUCUCACCAACAGAUAUCUUCUACUCGCAUACCCAAACAUUUGAAAUAUUGCCCCAAUCUGACUCAACAUCGGGGUUGUCUUCUGUGAAUGGGUACAAUUCAAAUCCUGAUCAGCCAUCAUAUCAACCAUCAUAUCAACCAUCAUAUCUUCCAUCAUAUCUUCCAUCGUAUCAACCAUCAUAUCAACCAUCAAAUCUGCCAUCAUAUCCACCAUCAAAUAUGCCAUCAUAUCUACCAUCAUAUCUACCAUCAAAUCUGCCAUCAUAUCCACCAUCAAAUAUGCCAUCAUAUCUACCAUCAUAUCAACCAUCAAAUCUGCCAUCAUAUCAACCAUCAAAUAUGCCAUCAUAUCAACCAUCUGAUUUGAUGACAUCACACGGCUACUCUUUUUAUUUCAAUCCAUCUCAAACCGAGAGAACUUCUCAGCUCUCGAGCGAGAUUCCUGCGGCACAAGUAGGUGACAAUCUCACACAGUCGGUAGCUACCCGGUCAGAAAUAAAUGGCGCGAUGGCGCCCACACUUUUAUCGUUAUCAGAUGCGUUUCCUUCUACAGGGCCACCUACAGGACAGACCACAAUGAAUUCCCCUGUACAACUCAAUAACGACAAACCAUCUGAUUCACUGUCCGGAUACAUCGAGUCGGUUUCUAAUUAUUUCUUUGAAAGCUACACAGCUGUCACCAGCUACGCGAUCGACCUAGACACCAAUUCACCGAUGAUUCAAGGAUCGAAUACGGAGUUAAAUAACAUCUCUCCUACUGAUGAAAUACUAAACCAAAUAAACGAAUCAACGCUGCCACUCGAGCAGUCUGAAUCGAAUGACACGCUGUACGCGGUUACCCCUAGGUACACUACUGAUACAACAUCGGAUACAGAUUUUAUCACCGGUACUCAACCUGUUCUCCAGUCCAUAUCCAAUACAGAGAUACACGCGGUUGCCGCUUCCAGUGAAAAUGCAUUUACCUUUGACCUCCCGUCUCAGCAACAAACCCAAGACAGUUACGCAGAUGAACUGAAGACUUCACUGUCAACCAUCCAGCCCACGCAACCAGAGUUAUCAUUCUCUUUUAAUGCUGAUCAAUCCAUUGCGGGCCCGGCUUUUACGGAUGAGCAUGUAGAUAGGGCACCCGAGCUGUCGUUUUCUUACGGAGACACGGCAGCCACCGAGCUCGCUAACACGGCAUCAACACGCAUAUAUCUGCAACCAUCUUCAAGUGAUUUGUUGUCUAGCGAUGACAACACUCGUAGCAGCGCAGCGUCAGAAACCCCUGCGUUGGUAUUCGACCACCAGGAACAGACGAAUUUACCACUGUACACGUUUGAUUACAGCAAAGCCGAGUUCAUUGAACAAAAAACAACUUCCUUACAGCCUCGGGAAACUGUUUCAUCAUAUAACAUACUGGGCUCCGAGACAGCUAUCUCACUACCAAGUCAGUCCAAUUCCACAUCCUUCUCUAGGAUUUCAGAGCCUCUUUCAGCACUAUCCAAUAUUUCAGACGAUAGCGUCAUGGUGUUCUCUUACAAUGAAACAACCUCUUCAUCGCUCCCUUUAAAUGAGCCUAGUGUUUUCCGCAGUGCAAUACUACCUGAUGCAACAUUUUCCAGCAGUGACUUAACUCGUAUUACCAACGUACAAGAAAUCCACCCCGGCUCUUCCAUUUCACCGGAAGUGUUGUUGCCUAACUCGAACGCCAUCCCUUCUUCAGUGACUCAAUUAUUCCAAUCUAUCGAAGCCAGUGAGACUAUGCUACAACAAACGACAAAAGCCAAUAGUGAAAGUACGAUCUAAUAAUACAAUAUAACUUAAACUUUAAAAAAAUAAAAGAAAGAAAGAAAGAAAGUAUGAAAAAAAAAAGCCCUACGUAUGUUAAAGAAAAACAAUAUUCUGAUAGAGAAAAAAAACUGUUUUAGAAGUGACUGGCGUCUCGUCAAAACACACACUCAAGUUCACCUGUAGAUGUUGCUGUUGUUAUUCUGUCAUAUGUCACCAGGGAGGCAUCUCGGGGAGGUACAGGUGGGUGACCUGGAGGGAGUGGUUGGCUUUAAUUAUUCAAAUUAAGUUUUAUCACGACAACAUAAUUUUUUAAUACUUAAAUUUUGAUUGUUAAAAACAAACACUCGGACCCGGCUCCCCACUGUAAUGAAG